CAGCGCCAGACAACUCGAGUCGCGAUGAAUUGUCACGUGACGCGGCGAGUGCGCUCACCCUCUAUGUAUAAAUUAAUGCUAGACGCCGAGCGUCGAGAUAAUAAAGCCGCGAGACUCGGCGGAUUUGUACGUCGCUAAUUUGCACGCGUCCAUACGCUCCAUUCGCAACGAUGAAUCGGACUCUGCAAGUAAGUGAACAAUGCGAGCGGCAGCAGCGGCUUGGGAUGGCUCUCGGACGCUUACUCGCUCUCGGUGAUGGACAAGCCUCGGAUCCGGCGAAAUCUUAUCUCAGGCCACGACAAAAGGGACGACUUUGAGCUCGGACAGUACGGAUACGGUAAGAGCAGCGUAAAGCUGCUGCACGUGAGGCGCCACGACAAGCUGCGCCACGAGAUACGCGAGUACGAGAUCGACAUCUACCUGCACCUGAGCAGCCAGAACGACUACAAGUACGGGGACAACCGGCAGGUGAUCGCCACCGACAGCCAGAAGAACACCAUCUACAUACUGGCCAAGCGGCACGGGGUGAGCUCGCCCGAGGGCUUCGCCAUGCUGCUGACGGGUCACUUCCUCGAGCAGUACCCCCAAGUGGACGAGGUGAACGUCAAGAUCGAGGAGUACCCCUGGAGCCGGCAGCGGAUCGGCUCGGCCCAGCACAGCCACGCGUUCGUCAUGACGCCGGACGCGAGCCGCUUCUGCCAGGUGAGCCAGAGGCGGGCCGAGCCGCCCGCCAUCCGCGGCGGCCUCAAGGGCCUGAGACUGCUGAAGACGACCCAGAGCUCGUUCGCGGACUUUGUGCAGGACGACUACCGCACGCUGGCCGACGCCAACGAUCGGAUCUUCAGCACGAUCGUCACGGCCAGCUGGUGCUUCUCCACCCACCUGGACGUGGACUUUGACCGGGUCUGCCGGAUCGUGCGCCAGUGCAUAGUCGAGGAGUUCGCCGGGCCCGCCGAGACGGGCGUCUACUCGUCGAGCGUCCAGAACACCCUCUACCUGGCCGAGCGCAGCGUCCUCGCCAAGGUCCGCCAGAUCAGCAGCAUCGAGAUGAAGAUGCCCAACAAGCACUACUUUCCCUUCGACUUUAGCAAAUUCCCGAGGCUCGUCGAGUCGCUGAGCGGCGACCAAGACCGAGACGUCUACGUGCCCCAGGACAACCCGUCGGGCGUCAUCUACGCCCAGCUCAAUCGGAAGCAGCCCCUGACGAGCUCCAAGCUCUGACGCUAAAACGAACAAAGUGCGCAACACAACGUCUCAGUAUUGCUCAAUCGGCGUAUAAAGCGACUCGAGUAGCUUAGUAUCUUCCUCAUUACUAAUGUAAAACUGUGAUUCUUUGUACCAAUAAAACUACUUCCCUUGUUA